AUGAACGACGACGACGGCGUCAUCGUGAUCAGCGACAGCGACAGCGGCGGCGGCGACGCGCGCGACGCCCACGCUGGCGUCCGCAACCGAAGCGCACGCGACGGGAACCAAAACCACGACGACGCCGACGAGCUCCGGCGCACGAAGGAGCGCGAUGACGCCGCCGACGACGCCGACGACCGACUGCCCGACGUCAUGAAGCAUGAGUCGUGGGCCAACCCCGAGUGGAAGUCGGAGCCGACGUCGAGGAACAGCCCGCCAGGUGAAAACUUCGCCUGGCCCCCCAACCCUCCUUCCCCCCCGCGGAGGUCGUCCGCGACGCAGGAUGAUGACACCAUCGUCAUACUCGGCAGCGACGACGACGACGACGCCGCCACCGACGCCGCCGCCGCCGCCGACGCCGCCGCCGACGACAACAACGACGAUCGUCGACACGAGGCCGGCACGCAGGUAACCGUUUGCGGCUUAAAGAAGAGGCCCGCACUUAACGGCAAGCACUGCGAGGUGGUCGCCUGGCGGGGCGACUCGGCGCGAUACCGGGUGCGCCUCUUGCCGGCCAACGUCGAGGAGGAGGCGCCCUGCUACGACAUCAAGCCCGAGAACAUCAUGCUCGCGGGCCCUUUGUCCCAUAGGUCGAUUCACACCAUAGGAGGGUUCUCAAAGUCCCUUCACUUCCAGGACGUCGCGGAGCUGGAGGAGUGGGCAGUCCAAUUCAAUGCAAGGCACAGGGUGGAGGGGGCCCGGUUCUCCUUUGAGCAUGGCCCGCCGAUAAUGUCCACGAAGCUGGUGUUGCACACCGGCGACACGAUCAAGCCUACGAGGCAGGUGCGUGACCUACAAAGAAACGGGCACUGCAUCGUCACCGAGGUCGCGUUCUGGAGAGAGGUCGCCAUCGCGGACGAGACCCCCCCGGUGAGGAAGCGCGGACGCACCAGCGCCGCCGCCGACGAGGCCACCCCGAAGCGCCGCAGGAGCAGCGCGACGUCGACGCAGACGGCGCGGUCCACGGGUGGUGGAGCGAGCGGCGGCGGCAACCACUCCAGCGCCGGAGGCUCGAGCUCGCGCACCUCCGAGAAACAGAGGGGCAUCGCCGCCUUAAACGCGCUGUGGAAGCGGCGGGGCGACGAGCUCUGCGGGGGAUGCUUGGUUGGCACCAAGCGAGCGAUUGUUGGGCGUUUUGGGCUGUUCAUAGGGUGCAGUCACUAUCAGCGACGCCCCACGCCCUGCUGUCACACUGCGGACGUGGAGGACGAGGAGCUCGAGGUGUGGAGAGCUGCUUUACGCGAGACGACGACAUCGACGUGA